AUGGACACAUAUGCGGAGUGGACUGUGAAGCCUGUUUCUCCUUGUCCCGAGUCUACGUCCGCUUUUCUGCUGAUAUUGGUGGGGAGUCCGGUCACGAAUCACUACAGGAGACACCUCGUGAGGUCGACUUGGGGUAACAUCACAUCUCACAAAGGAUAUUCCAUAAAGGUGAUAUUCUACAUGGGUAAAGCACUUAACUACAAUAAACAGCGCGAAUUGCUGUCUGAGAGUAAGACACACAAUGAUAUUGUCCAAAGCGAAAUCGAUGACGGGUAUUAUAAUUUAACGUUGAAAAACCUUAAUGGAUUCAAGUGGGCUAUGAAGGAAUGCCCUGUUGCUCGGUUUGUCUUGAAGGUAGAUGAUGACGUGUUCGUUUACCCAAAGAAUACUGUGGAUCACUUGGACACUCUAAAGGUUUCACAUGAGGUAAAACUUUAUCAAGGUUACCGCAUGAGCGCCAACCCUGCCUACAGGAACAAGGGUAACAAGUGGUACAUUAGCCACGAGGCAUACAAGAAUGCAACCUAUCCACCAUACAAUUUAGGAUUUGCCGUGCUCUUUUCUAUGAAGGUUGUGAAGGAGAUUCAUGAUGCAUCCUUUAAAGCCCCUGGAUACUUCCAGGUGAAAAGAAACUUUCCUUUCGAGGAUGUUUUCAUUGGUAUGUGUGCUAAGUAUCUUGGCAUUGUCCCGGAAGCUGUAUAUGACAGAUUUUUCAGGAAUCCACCUUCAUUUUCCGAUGCAGUAUCAGCGAACCAGUGCAAGUAUCUCACCGCAAUAGCUGCCCACGCACUUAACCCCGAUUGGUUUUGCUAUUAUUCAAAAGCAAGCGAAAUAGUCCGAGAGUCAAACUUAUGCGCGAAACAAACGUAA